AUGUUCAAAAAAAAACCAAGCAUCAAGGGUUUCUCCAAUAUAAAGUCAUCUUUCAGAAGAGACGUGCUCGAUGCUAUCUGCACUCUGUACAAUCUUCCAAAAGAGAAGCUCUCUGCGGAGACAGCGAGGGAGAUUUUGCCAAAUCCUACUCAGGAGGCCAGAUUCUUGACUGUGAAAAACGAGGAAGGUUCUAUUUUCAUGGAUGACCGGAAUAUCCCAACAUGGUUCUCUGCCUUCGAUAAGAACGAGGAAGUGUUCUACCCAGCCCUCUACACCUUGUGGAGAUGUCCAUAUUUGUUGCCUAUAGUACUUACCCAUGAUGUUUUAAUCAAAGAGGUACUUUCUAUGGGUGCGAAUCUCAUGCUUCCGGGAACGGUUCCUCCUUUCGAACCCAGGCUUACUGCUGGAACGGUGGUUGCCAUUGCUUCUAGCAAGAGUCCCCACACGGCCAUGGCUGUGGGGGUUUUGUGCAUGGAUUUGGUUGGAAUUGACUCGGUGAUUGGGAAACAGGGAGAGGCUGUCAGAAUACUACACAUAAUAAAUGACGAAUUGUUCAAGAUGGCGAAGAAAGAUGUUGCUAUUCCACAGUUGAGCGAGGCCAGUUUGGAAGUUCCAUGGGCAGAGGAUGAGGCUGGUGAAGGUGAUGAAGCUGGCGAAACUGGCGGCACUGUAUCCGUUUCGGAGGCUCAAAAUGUUUUAGAGUCUACAGAAAAUCUGGAAGGGACUUCACAAGAAAAUUCAGAAAACAAUCCUGAGCAAACCGCUUCCUCUUCUCUCGCAGAAGGUGUCUCCAAACUCACUCUAGAAGACAUUGACAACUUCUUCUACAGAGCUCUGCUGCAGUCAAUUGCAACCAGUCAUAUUGAAACGCCAAUAAGCUCCUCCAAUUUCAUGUCCAAUCACGUUUUGAAAAACCUCCCUCCAGUGGAUUCGAACCACGUGAACAUCAAAAAGACUUCCUGGAAGAAAGCUGCCAAGUUCCUCAAAGCCAUGGAGAAGGCCAAUUUGCUCAAGGUGAAAGGCAAGGGUGAUGAUUUGGUUAUUUUAUCACUUGUAGGUUCUGAAGAUGACCGUAUCAAGAAUUUUGUUCCUCAUAGAGUGAAAAAGGCCACCAACUCUGCACAACCAGUGGCUACUCCGAAGAAAUCCAGUGACAAAUUGCAGAUCGUGAAAUUUUUCAAGCCCACUCCAAAGAGCAACUUCUCUCAAUUCAUGCCUUCAAAUGUUGUUUCACCUUUCUUCAAAGAUGAAAUAAAAGCUGCUCUUACCGAGUAUGUGAGGGCUCAUGAUUUGGUGAAUAAGCAGAACCCUUCAUCGGUCCUCUUGGAUGAUGUCUUGACCAAGGCAGUUGGUCUGAAAUCUGCAGCAGCCAUGGACCGGUCUGAAAUUCUUCCGAAGACUUUGGCCCACUCAUUCAGUGAAUUCGAUGCUCUGGUUAAACCAGAUCAGGAUAUUAGAGAGGCAGCGUCAUUUCGUGGUGGUAUACCUCCUAUUAAGAUCAUUACUGAGAUGGUGAUAGGACGCAAGUUGGUCACCAGAGUGCUUGGAUACGAAAACUAUUAUGUGAGAACCGAGGAAUUUAACUCAGAGCUGAAGGUGAAAUGUUCAGCUUCCACCAGCAUUGGUCAGAACCGUCAGAACCCCAAAAUUACAGAGAUAUCAGUCCAAGGCCCCCAUGCGAAGAAGAUCAUUGACUUGCUCGCUACCAAAGGUGUUAGGCCUCAAUGGAUAGAGGAGGAGAAUAAGGUGAAGCCGAAGAAGAAGAAAUGA